AUGACUAACGCGUUGAUUGGCUUACCGCAAAAAUGCAUGACUACGAUAGCCGUUUUGGACAUGCAUGAUAUUUUGGUCGUAUCGUUUGAGCUUACAGCAACGAAGGAUGCCGUGGAUACUGCUGCAUCGAAAGCUAAAGGAGCUGCAAGCUCAGCCAUGCACUCAGCAAAAAAUGUCGUGCAUGGUGCAGAAGAAAUGCUCGAAAAAGCGCGCAAACGAUCCGGAGAAUUUAUCCAUGACGAAGCUCGAGCAAUCAAGCACAAACUCUCGGACGCCGCUGCCAGCAUAAAAAACAAGGCAUCCGGCUUCACGGAUCCUGCCGAUCCGACCACACGUACUAUUCGAGAGAUAAAGAAGAAGUCUCGAGAGCACCCUGGCCACAGUGAUGAAAUGGGUAACAAUUUUUGUUUCAUAAACAGCUAG